AUCAGUGCCCUGAUGAUCGGUGCCCCAGUAGCUGUGCCACCCGCAAGUUCCCGCCCACCUGUGCCCAAGCAGUGUGCCCCCACUAGCUCUGCCCCCACCUGUGCCCAGCAGAUCACCCCACCUUGUCUCACACACCAUGUGCCCAGAAGUACCACCUACCUGGCCCAGCAUGUGCCCAGCCCGCGAGUGCCACCCACCCUGUGCCCACCAGUGCCACCCACCUGUGCCCACCCUCCAGUGCUGCCCACCAGUGGGCACCCCACCAGUGGCAGCCCAGCAGUGCUGCCAGUCAGUUGGCCCAGCGCGGUGUUGUGCCAGUCAGUGCCGCCAGUCAGUGCCCAGCAGUGAUGCCAGUCAGUGCCGUCUA